AUGACUGCCAGCUCGCUCGCGUUCGCUGUCUGUCCUGCAGAGGCUUCCCUGUUCAAGGCAGUCCACUUCAGAGAGCCGUCUCACAAGCUCGAGACUCUAGGAGAUCUCUUGUCUGAGUGCGAGUCUCUGAAAUACAUCACGGUGAAGCGGAGACCGUCGGCAGCUGGCGAAGGGGCGAGAGACAUUCUCUACAUAGUUCCCACAGAUCGCCUGUUGCAGGAGCUGCAGCUGGAUAGUUUCCGUAGCGAAUGUAAGGCCAAAUUCGGAGUUGACCUUCCGGACGCUCGACUGACCGCCCUAGAGGGAGAAGAGGCUGAGGGUGGGGCUGCCGAUACCUCAGCAACACACUGA